UAUACUUAUACUCUACUUAUCUCUCUAGCUCGUAGAACAAAACCUUUUCUUAUUGUCUAUCUUGAUAUUUUUCGACUCAAAAGAUGGACGAUUUUCCCUAGCGAUUACCAGACUCAUUUUUAUCACCAUGUUGUAGUACUUGUAAGGAACAAAUUGAUUGAAAGCGUUUAUAUGAAUCCUUAUUAUGAGAUUAAUAUAAAUUUGAUAAAACGAUGAAGUAAUUAAAAUCAAUAAUAUAAUUCUUUAUACUAAUAAUGUAUCAUUUUAAUAUUGUUAAUUAACGUAUUGAAAUUCAUAUGAGUAUAUCCUUGUUUUACACCGUACCUCAAAUCUGUUAGUAACUAAUAUGGCGGAAUAGAUAGAUGUUGACUUUUCAAGAUCCGGAUAUCUCGGAUUCAAAUAUUUCUACAUAAUAGAGUUUAAGAAGAGACAAGUUAAAUGUAAUUCAUUUAUGUCAUUAUUGGUACACGUUGUAAUUAUCAUUGAAGUCACGUGUUGUGUACUUAAUUGUACUGAGUAUUAUUAACAAUAAGUGCGUAUAUUACCUAUUAGAACAGUCUACUUGGCAAACAACUGUAACUUCGGAUCUUAACGUAAAUGUAUAAUAAGCGUCAUUUACAAAAUCAAGAAACAUACGACCUUUUAAUUAUUUUGAUUUUAAAUAAAGAUAAUACGACUUACGUAAUGAGAGUGUUAAUAUCAAUUUUAUAUAUUCCAUCGAAAGAAAAAUGUGUGAUUUAGCAAAAAAAAUGAAAGAUUCAAGUGUUAAGAACAAUGUGCAAAAUGAAUCAAUGGAUCAGUUUUAUACAAAACAAAGUGUUGAUAAGAAAGAAUCUACAUUAAAAAGUACAAAUGAAGAUGUUCAACGUGCAAUUGAAGGUUUAAAGGAUAUACCAGAUGAGGAACUUCAAGAAUUUCUUGAUGAUGAAGAUUUUAUGGAAGGUUUAGAUGUUGUUGAUGCUUGGGAAGGUGAUGAAGAAAAAGGUCGUGAAGUUGAAUUUAAAACUACCCAUGUUAAGGAUCAAGAACAAAAACGUCCUUCUAGGGAAAGAUAUCGACGUGACCACAAAGGAUCUUACAAUCGUGAAAGGCCGAAGAGAGAAGAAAAGAAACAUGAAGAAAUCCGUCGUGAUCCUUCUAAAAGCACAAAAGAUAUAGAGAGGGACAAAAUACGUACGAAAAGAGAUAAUGAAAGCAAACUUCUAGCUGAAAAAGAGAAAGCUAUUAAACAUUUGUUGGACUCUGAUAAUGUUGUACCUCCAGGUACAGAAACUGAAGCUAUUCAGAGCAUUACAGAGAGACAAAAUAUAGAACAAGCACAGAUGCAUGUGCGUAGGAGCCGAGAGCGACGUAGAAGUAUAGAACGUCAAAGAGGAAACUCAUUACGGCGUAGAACUCCAGACAGAAUUAGACUAAAUUCUCCUCGACGUAAAUCUCCCCUAAUAUUAAGUCCAGAACGUUGUAGAAGUACUUUCAAGAUGAGCAAUGAGAGACAUCGAAGUCCAUUGAAAUUUAGUCCUGACAAAAGAAGAAGUCCAAGAUUUAAUUGUGGUCGUAGAAGCCCUUUUGGAUUCAGUCCAGAACGACGAAGAAGUCCAAUUAGACGACUUAGUUGGGAACGAAGAACAAGUGCAGAUAGAAGAUGGAGUGCUGAACGACACAGGAGACGUAUAAAUAUACAUGAACGCCGAAGAAGUCGGUCCCGUGAUCGACAACGAAGUCGCAGUAUGGAACGUCUUAGAAGAAAGGUCAGCCGCUCACCAAUUAGUAGACGUUACAGUCCUCGUCGUCGAAGUCGAACUCGAAGUAGAUCAUUAGAACGUCGAAGGAAACGAUCUCCCUUUAUUAAUGAACUUACAAGGCAACUAAGGAAUGAAGCUAUAAUGACAUCACACAUGAAUUCUGGAUAUACACAUCCUUCGCCUAUGGAUGGCAUAUCACCUCUAAUGAAUAAUGUAUAUCAGCAAGAAGCAGAAUCUAGACCAUCAAUGCCAAUACCAUCUUACAUGCAUCAAACUGGAUUAGCACCACCAAUGUCAUCAAAUAUAACAACUGGUGGUCCACCUUUCAUGAAUUUUGAAAAUUCAUCUCAGCCAAUGAAUUUUGAUUCUGUUCCAUUACAUCCAUUACCUCAAACUGAAUAUGUUUCUGGUCCAGUAAUGUAUAAUCAACCAAAUACUGGUUCUAUUCAGUCAACACAUCGACCAGCACUUCUUCCAGCACCAAUUUCAUCACCACAACAUGAAUCUGCUGCAUCUACAGUGGAACAUAUACAAACAUAUAAUUCAUCUCAUGGCAUUCCUUCGACUCGUCAAUCUCCAAUUCAAAAUUUUGAAUUUUCUAAUAAAUCUAAGGAUACAAUCUCACAAAACUACAGGGAACGUAGAUUUACGGAUUCUUAUAAUGGAUAUCAUACCUCACAAGAAGAACGAUUGAAGACUCCUGAACCACCAGUCAUCUCAGAUACAAAACAAUUUGAAAAAACAAGUUUAUCCAGUCUGUUAGAAGCAUCUGUUUCCGCUAAAGAUUCAACUAGUCUGCCAGUCUUGUAUCCAGGAUUCAAACCAGAAAUAUUACGUCACUGUGAACAUGCUUUACGCGAACUUCCUAUUGAAGAUCUUCGUUUAAAAAUGAAAGGACGAUUUUUCUAUGAUCCAAAGAAGGAGAAUAUACAAAGUGAACAAAAUGUAUAUUCGUCAAAUUCGAUUCUUUUACAAAAGAACAAAAGCAAAAUCUAUUGGGAAGAGGAAGAAGGACAACAUCCAACUUCCAUAAAGCAAAAUGUACAAAUGCACCAAAAAAUUUGUCAAACUGAUGAAGUGGAAACAAAUACGAAAUUUGUUCAAGCGAGCGUUACUAUGGUAGAUUCUGAAGUACAAGUAUAUCCUCAAGAUUUACAAUAUGCUGUUAAAGAAGAAAAACGACCUAUUAUGGAUCGUUUAGAUUGGAAUGUGCGUGAAACAUUUGAUUGUACACCUAAAUUUCGAGAGGCUGACGACUUGAGAUGGAGUUUAAGUAAUUCUUCUCAAAAAAGAACUUGGAAUAGAACAGUAUCACCUCCUAGAAGAAUUGAUGAUCGUAAACAUCGUAUAGAUUCUAUAUCUUCCUUAGAUCAUGGUUCAAGAAAUAUGAAAUUAGAAUCUCCAAUAAGAAACAGAGAUAAUUUCUCCAGUCAUAAAGGAUCUGUACGAGAUCAUUAUGUCCAUGAAAGAUAUUCACCUAAUUACAGGCAUUCUUUAGAAGGACGUGAUGAAUUUCAUGAAAACAGAAGUGAUCAUAGUCGAGGUGAAAGUCCAAUGAUGUUAGAAGAUUCUGCAGAAGAAUUGGAAUUGGAACAUACAUUCCAAAGGGGAACAGAUUGGCAUGGAAGAGGGAAAUUACCAAGAGGUAGAUCAAGUUCACUAAUGAAACAUGUGUACAGAGGAAAGCAUUCAGGUGGAAGAUCUUAUCGCGGGCGUGGAAAUUUUCGUGGAAAAUUCUAAAAUUAUUUGCAUAAAGCACAAACACUAAAUGUAGAAUCAUGUAAUCAAAUAUACCAAUAUAUUAAGAAAGUUAUAGUCUAUUCUUGCAAAAAUUUUGGAAAGAAAGGCAUGAAUUUAUUGUUUUAUUUAAAAAUUAAAUUUUUGCAUCAUAUGUUAAAAUUAUUCCAAAAAUUAUUACUAAAAUAAAAAUACAUUUGAAAUACAGAUUGCAUUUGAACAUUACAUCAUAAAUAAUCAAAUGCGUAUAUACAUAAAUAUUCUUGACGAAAUACAAUAACAUUAUAUUUAAGGUGUAAAUUAUAAAAUCAUUUAUAUGUAAUGUGUUUUGUUGAAUAAACAUUUUACGGGACAAUACAAACAGGUGGGAGAAAAACACUGUUUAUGCUAUCAUUAAAUUAUUAAUCAAAUGCAAAUAUGUGGUAAUUAUGAAUUUCAUUUAUUAUAUUAAUCAUGGUUUAUUACCUCGUCCUAUUAUUUAUUAUUAUACAUUUUUAUAAAUGUAACUGAAUUGUUCAACUAUGACCAAUAUUGAGAAAGAAAAGUGAAAUAACGUUUUAUUAUACAUAUUAUAAUAUUUAUUAAUUAGAAAAAUUAUAUUCAUGUAUAACAAAUUUCAAGUUCCAUUUUAAAUUGACAUUAUCUAAUAUAUCAAAUGAAGAAUUAAAAAUUGUUCUGCAUUAUUUAUCUUCACUUUUCAUAUAUUAAAUACAUAUCUAAAUUUUGUAAUUUUAAAACAUAAUAUAAAAUUAAUGAUUUUUCCAUUUAAAAAAUUCUACCAAUUUAGAAAUUAUUUUAUAUGCACUCAAACAUAGAAAAAAUUUAAUAUUGAGAAAUAACAAUAUAUAUAUUUCCUUGGAAUUAUAUCUUUUUAAAUACAAAGGACAAUAAAUAUAAUUAAAAGCGUAGAAAUAUUUUUAGGUUAAAAUAUGACGUCCCCACAAAUGUUUUAAGACGCGUGUAAUACAAUAUGAAUUUAAUAAUAAUGAUCUAUUAUGCAAAAAAUGCUUAUGAUUUUUACAAGAAAGAGAUGAAAUAAUAUGUUUAUUUUUAUUUUUAUUGCUAUUUACACUUUCAUUAAAACCAUGAACAUAGGAAUAUUGGGACCCCUAGGUCCAUGAUUAAAACAACACUAUAAGUCAUAUCAACAUUUUAUCUUUAAUUUAUAGUUGGAAAUUGAAAUCGCGAUUAUAUAAACAUAUUUUGACACUCGUAUACUGUAGCCUAAGGAAAACUAUGCGAAAAUUGAGUCGUGACUAGUUGUAAAAUAUUAAUAUGAGACAUAAGAAUAUCCUUUUUCUGCGCAUGCGUAAGAUAUUAGGUCAUCCAAUAAGUUUGUGCCGACUUUUGUGUAUACAUUUCAUGUGUCGAUUUAUAAACAUACGGCGAUAAGGGACUAAUGCACUUGAGCUUAGCUGAUCGAGAACAGGCUAGAGCAGAUUUUCGUGGGUAUAAGAUCGUAAUAUAGCGAACACAGUGACUUCUAACAGUAAAAAAUCAUGAGUGAAAUGCGUAUCCAUUUUCGACAUCUCAUGUUAUAUGAAUUUCGGAAAGGAAGUUCUGUAACAAUUGCCACGAAAAACAUAUGUGCUGUUUACGGAGAAAAUGCGCUUUCAUCUCGCACCUGUAGGAAAUGGUUCCAACGUUUCAAAGAUGGGAAUUUUUGUUUAGAAGACGAGGAACGCUCCGGGCGUCCUCCUCAGACAGACGAAGAUAAAAUUCGAGAUCUUGUUGAAAAAUCACAAAGUUUGACAGUUCAAGAGAUGUCAGAUGUUCUGAAAAUACCUAAGACAACGAUUCAUAGGUGUUUAAAAAAAAUGGGGAUGGUGUCAAAGUUGAACAUUUGGGUGCCCCAUGAACUUACGGAACGGAAGCGUUACAAAAAAAUUGUCUGAAUUUAAUUGGGAAAUUUUACCACAUCCCCCAUAUUCCCCAGACAUUACCCCAUCUGAUUACCACCUGUUUAGAGUAUUACAACACUUUUUAGUAGGUAAAAAAUUUGAAAAUAUUGACAUUCUCAAAAAUAGCUUAGAAAAUUAUUUUAAAGAGAAACAAGAGAAUUUUUAUCGAGACGGAAUAAUGGCCCUACCAGAAAAAUGGGAAGUAGUUGUACAAUGAGAGGGGGAUUACAUUUUUUCAUGAAACUGAAAGGUUUCAGUACAUCAAUGUGGAGACCUGUUUGUAUGAUCAUAAUCGUAAUCCAACGAGACGAGGCAGUAAGCGCAAACAAAAUGUGAUUGUUGCGACUGCCACUAUUGGCUUACUCACUAGUGAUACUCUAGUUUCUGUCUUGUCCUCAUUCGGCAGAUUAUAGGUAUAUACAUACAUAUAUCAUAUAAUAAAUGCUCAUAUUUAAAACAACAUUACAGCCCGUAGAGUACUGAAGCAUUCUGCUUGCGUUACAACUUGAAACAAUUCGAAAACUAAUUCAACGUUUGAAUGAAGAAAUACACAACGAGAAAGAUCAACUUGAACAAUAAUUUAUAUUUAAAACUGAAUAUUUAUAAUAGAUUGACUACUUUAACAAAGAUUUGUACUUUUAUGAAAUUUAUUUAUACUCCGAGCUUAGCGUGACAGUUCUAACGGUUCAACGAUUCUAACUAUUCUCUCCGUUUUUGGGUCACAGAGUAACACAUUUAUCUGUUGAGUACCCGAUUUAUUUGUUAUUUAAUAAGACAAAUUCUUAUUAACUAAUGCUAAUAAACAUUAAUUUGAUUGAGGUUUGCAGUAUUAGAAAGCGAGCGAUUUAUGCCUUGGCAAUGUUUUUUUCCCACGGUAACGAAAGUAAAUGCGAAAUUUGAGAGUGAUGACAGUUGUUAUUGAUAAAUAAUUUUGUCAUUUAAUCAAUAAAUUUGUUAAAUAAUUUUUGUUCAUUGCCUUGGGUGCGCUGCUAUACAGUUAGAUUCGUGGCGUUAGAAUUUACUCUAUUACCAUACAAGAUAUUCACGUUAGAGGGAGCCGUAGUCAUAAACCAGUUCACAACAAUAAUAAUAAAAUUGUACUUACAAGAUAAAUUUUUUUAAAGUAAUUAAGUAUAUAGACUAAUAUAGACUAAAUAGAGGAUAAUUAAGAGUAAGUUAAAGUAUAUAUAUAAAGGAAUAAUAUAUGUAAAAUUAUAGUGUAUAUCGAGGUUGAAUGACAGUUGAAAUGAGAAAUCUAUGUAAAUCAAUCUCAUUUUGUAGCUGGUAGUCAAAGAUUAAUAAAAUAUAUACAUAUAUGUUUAUAUAAAGUAAAAUUGUAAUAAAAAGUAGAAAUAACAAAAUUAAUUGUGAUAUAAAUGUGAUAUAUAUUAAUAACUUCAAAUUUUUGUGAUAUCUUGUAAGUUUUUGUACAAAUAAAUGAAUGUUUUUUUUAAA